CGCUCAUACGCAAAUUCAGAAUAAGAUCUUCUUUGCUCUCUUUUUCGAUUUCUUAUUCUUUAUCGUUGUUAUUCUCGUGUUCUGAUUGCUUGACGUGUGGUAAUUAGCAGAUAUCCGGGUCCUCUGGGAAAUUAGGGUUUUCCUAGUUUCCUUAUUUAAACGGAAAUCGACAGUGCGAAUUUCGGUUCCCACAAAUGGCUUCCUCAGCUUUUCUCCAGUAGGAAAGAGAUUGAUCUUACAUCGCAGAUGGUCAGAACAACCCCCCGCCUCAAAGAUUGAAUAAGCGGACGAGAACCUCUGAAUAGCAAUAUCAUUGAGCAAUACCCUAUCCAGCUUCUUGCAAAUGACACCCUCCUCUCUCUUAUUGCACCACGUAAACAUAGCUCCUUGAUAACCCAUAUCAGAAAGAUUACAAUGCAACGCCAUAUUUUGGAAAUCCCUUAUACCUCCUGAAAUCCUACCAGCCUCCAGGUAACCAGAACUCUCUUCCCCAUCUAAAAUCUCAUUAAAACCCCCUACUAUCAUCCAAGCUUUAACACGAAACAUAGCAGAGUCUUGAUUAUGACACAAAUCCUCCCACAACUCCUUCCUAUCCUCAGCCAAAUUGUUAGCAUAAACACCAGUAUAAAGAAAAUCUUCAUGUCCUUGUAACCCCACCAAACAAGUUAUAAGCUGAUCUGAUUUAUAAAUUGGAGUCAUACUAACAUCAUCCCUCCAAACCAACCAAAUUUUGCCGCCCCUACUAUACUCAUAGUUUGUUAUAUAAGCCCAACCCGGGAAAACCUUCCUCAAGAUAUCCCCUGCCUUGCUUUCUGCAACUCUCGUCUCCAAAAUGCACCCAAAACUCAAAUUACUACUCUGUACACACUAUUCUAUCACGGAAUGUUUAAAACUUUUAUUAAACCCACGAAAAUUCCAAAAUUAAGUGGUUUGGUUUUCAAAAAUAGUUCGAAAUUGGCAUAAUUACUGGUUUAGUUAUGUAAUUCCAUAGAUUUGUUCUGAACAAAACUAUCUUAACCAUCUAUUCGAAUUAAAAUAAAUUAAAGCAAAAUCCCCUUUACAUUGAGAACAUAUCAGAUAUCAUUUUUAAAAUUGAGGGACAAUCCAAACUAUCGCCCUAAUGAAGUGUACAUGAUGUUCGACGAAGUGCCUGAGAAUUCAUGAAGUUUUUGGAAUUUUUAUGAGUUAUAUGCACAUAUUCUUGUGAUUCUUAUUUCAUGAAUUUCAUUCGUGUUUUUGAUGAUUGGCUUCUUGAUCCUCAAAUAUUUUUGAAGUCAUCCAGAAGCAGCCCGAUGUGUUUAUGUACAAAGACCUUAUAGUAUCUCUAGCAAACAGUAAAAGAAUGGAUGAAGAAAUGGGAUUGUGGAAGACAAUAAAGAAAGAAAAAAUGUUUCCAGAUUCUCAUACUUGCACUAAGGUUAUCAUAGAGAUAUGGAAGUCCCGCUGAUGCUAUGAAAGUGUAUGAAGACAUGUUGAAAUCUCCAGACCUGCCUAAAGAGUUGUCAUUUAGGGUUAUGUUGAAGGAGCUUUUGGUGCAUCCGUUUCUUAGAAACAAAGUGAAAAAUAUUUUUAGAAGUUGUUCCUUAAGAAACAUGCUUAUGAUCCCUGAGAAACAUGCUUAUGAUCCCCCUAAGAGAUAUUUGGUAGAUAUUGAGGUAUAUAUGACCUAAACUAUAUUCUUAUAUCUCAUUGUUUCUCGAAUUGUGUUUUGAAUAUGUAUUCUCUCUCAGUCUCUUGGCACUGUAAAUUAGUUAAACCAUAUAUUAUUGUAGAUUAGUCAGAAUCUUGAUUUGCACAUUGAGACAAUAACAGGAAAGGUCUACGACAGUUAUUCAUCUGUGACUCAUGUGCAUUUUGCAGGUUAUGCACAAUAUCAAUAGGCCAGUUUAUCGUUAUCAAGAUCCACAAUGUGUUCUAUUGAAAAAUUAUCACGGUAUAACUAAAUCUGAGCAGAUGGGGAAAUACAAUAAGAACUGUACAAAAGAAUUAAUUUACUUAGUGACAACAACCAUGUUAUGAAUAAACCUCAAUUCAUUUAAUAACAACCCGCCAUACAAUGUACAAGUGGUUUUUUCUUCGAGAAUCGCUCAAUCGCAAUACAAAGUAUCAAUCAGCUCAAGCUAAUACAUUAAUAAUCUGUUUACUCUCUUUUUCUCCUCUCUUAUUGAUACCACUCAAAUUACCCUAAGGAGUGAUUUAUACUCUCUCAAAUAAGAGGUCGAGUUGUAGUACUUAGGGAUCGAAUUCACAGGGAGCUAGAGAACCUAAGAAAUCUAAUAUGAUUUGUUAAGGUAGAUAGUUUUAGAGAUUUAAAUGUAAAUUGCAGUUUUAUAUUGAACAAGUGUUUGUUCAGUAGAUUGAUUGAGGUUUUGGUUCUUAAGAAGAAAAUAGUUAGACUUAGGGUUUUUAUUCAGGAAACUUUGGAUUAUAGUCCUACAAAUGCCUAAUGAGUUGCAUGCAUGAUAAUGUAAAGCUCAACUACUUAGUCAAAAAGUCUAUCAACUUUCGCAUGUUUAGACUUGUCUAUUAACUAGAUCUAAUGAUCUCAACUAUCAUAUGUCGACCAAUAGAAAGUGUCGAUCGAUGAUCCUAUAGAGAUAUCGAUCGAUACGCCUUUCACUCUGUCGAUGGAUUAUUCAAUAAUGAUAUCGAUCGACGUGCUUCUAGUUAAGCUUUAUGUGCGGGUUGAAUGAUAGCUUACUAAGCUCACUAGACCAGCUCUCGCCUUACUCAUAGCAAGAAACUUAGCUCAGUUAGAAUGUUUUCAGGAUGAGAAUGAAGCUCUCGCUUUUAUCUAUCAAUCCUAGGGCAAGUUCUAGGUAGCUAAUCCAGAGACAUGCAUUAAUGAACAAUCCUAAUGACAAUUACCACAACACAUCAAUCUAUAGUUAGGGCUAAUUCCUCCUAACCUAUUUAAACCCUAAAAUCUAACAAUAAAACUACUUAGACAUGGCUAAGCAAUUCAUAACAACAGUUAGGUACGAAAACUUCAUUAGAAUAGUAAAUAGAUAUUAAUGGAGUUCCAAUCACAAAUUAUAACUUUGGAUCUUCUCUCCAAUCUAUCAAAAUCCUAGAAAACCUUGCUGUGAAGAUAAUAAAACAAGAAAACACACACUCUGCCCCUAACAUGGUGGUAAAGCUUAUAUAAUUAGGUUAAAACUCGUCAGGGGCAAUCUUAUAAAUUGGUGAAGACUUGGGCUUCAAGUCGGCUGUGACCAAACCGGCUUUCUGCGCGCUUCGCUGUCGAUCGAUGUCAAGAUAUGAACAUCGAUCGAUUAUUCCUCUCCAUUGACCGAUGGUCGAGCUCGAUCGUCAUCUCGGGUGCUUGCUCCAAAUAUCUCCAAAAUGCUCUAAAAUCAUAACUUAUCUCCAAAUCACUCCUGAUCUUAUAAAUAUAAUAAAUAGAUUCUAUACUAUAACAAUUAUUAGUAAAAACACCUACAAACUAUGGAUGAAAAUGGGUCAAAUCCAUGGUCUAUCACUUAUUUAUAGUACAAAGAAAAUGUAACUAUUUAUACUACAAAGACAAUGUAACUGAAAAUCCUCCAAAUGAGACAAAAACUUACUUGCUUUUUACUAUCUUCUCUUCCUUUCCUCCAACGUUCUUCUUUCAUUUCCUCACGUAUACUUUCCAGGGUUGCAAUAUCCCCGCUCCAGAACUCAGUUUGUCCUCAAACUAAAAGUCAGGAAUCUACUGUUUAAAAUCCUGAACAAGUAUCCAAGAACCUUCAUGCUUUGGUAAUCCACGCCAAGCUACCAACACUUCCAAACGACCCUCCUGAUUAUAAUGCUUGUCCAUCACGGUGGGGUCCACCGGUUCUAUCUCAAACUCAUCAUCCUAUGGUAAAUGACAUGACAUGCGCCAAUCACCGGUUUCAACUGCAAGAUAUGAAACACCGAAGGAAUCUGAGACGCAGACGGAAGCUCCAAUUAAUAUGGAACUUGUCCCACCAUAUCCAAAACCUUAAACAGAGCAUAAUGUCGAGCAGCUAGUUUUUGACAAAUCAUCUUAGCCACUGAUGAUGAUUGUCUAUACAAAACUAACUUGAGAAAGACCAAAGAAGCCACAUCCAGUGUCAAGUCAUGUAUACUCUUGUCAGCAUUGUUUUCAUCAUAUCUUGAGCUUUCAAGAGAUGUGCUUUUGCUUGAACAAUCAUCAGAUCUCUUUUCUUUAACAACUCAUCUAAUUCGCCAUUAAACGUUGAACCAUCUUUAUAUUGCACAAUAACGAAGGCAGUUCUCUGCCAUAGACAAAGAGAAAUGGUGACGUUUUCGUUGCAGUAUGGUAAGCAGUGUUGUAAGACAAUUAUGCCCAACACAAGAAAUGGUACCAACGCUUGGGAUGAGCAGAUAAUGUGAAACAGCAAAGGUAAGUCUCCAAACAACGAUUUAGUACUUCAGUCACCACUUUGCGGAUGAUACGCAGUACAAACGAAGUUGAGUCCCUACUAACUUGAAUAGUUCCAACAGAAAUGGCUUUGGAAAUCUUCUCUUGGUCAGACACUAUAGACUUUGGAAAUCCGUGUAACUUCUCAACCUCCUUAAUGAACAAAUUAGCCACAUCCACUGUUGUGAAAGAAUGAUGCAAACCAGUGAAAUUCCCAUACUUCGAUAGACGAUCAAAUACCACGAAAAUCAUGUUCUUCUCUUGUGAUUUGGGUAACCCCUCUAAGAAAUCCAUAGAUAUAUCCUCCCACACUCUUUCAGGUAUCUGUAGGGGUUGUAAUAGACCGGCUGGAGAUAUCAUAGAGUAUUUAUUGGCUUGACAAAUGUCGCAUUGAGAAACAUACUUCUGAACAUUAUGAUGCAUGUUUGACCAAUAAAAAUUCAACUGAAUACGCUUCAUACUCAUUAAAACCCCCGUGUGACCUCCUACUAACUCAUCAUGGCAUUCUCGCAAAAUGAAAGGAAAAUACUAUGAAGAAGAUGAUAUGACAAAACAAUUCUUGUACAUUAAUUGACCAUUCACCACAUUAUACCCUGCUCUCACAACUCUUCCUUCAUGUAAUUCCUUGAUCAUGUUUACAAUCUCCACACACGAUUCAGCUUCUUUUAAAAUGUCUUGUAAUUGUAAAGGUGUGGAUAUCGUCAGAGCAAAUAGAGCAUUGCACAAACACUUGUGAAGCAUAUUAUAUUCUCGACAGUCCAUCUGAUGUCUUGUUCUCCACUCCCGGUUUGUAAACUAUGUCAAACUCAUAUCCUAAUAGCUUGUGCAACCAUUUCUGAUAUUCCAAGUUAACUUCACGUUGCUCCAACAAAAAUUUCAAGCUUUUCCAAUAUAUUCUUACCAAAAACUUUCUUCCCAAUAAAUAAUGUCUUCAUGUUUGAACUGCCAUACCAAUUGCCAUUAAUUCCCUCUCAUAAAUUGGUUUGAGUUGUUCUUUCUCUUUGACACCAUAACUAAGGUAUGCUAUAGGGUGUUGACUCUGCAUAAACACAACUCCCAAACCAAACCUAGAUGCAUCAGAUUCGAGCACAAAAGUUUUGGCAAAAUUUGGAAGUUACAGAACCGGUGCUUGUACCAUUGAUCUUUUUAGAUUAUCAAAAGCUUCCUUAGGUGCUUCUGAAAAUUCAAACUUAUCCUCCUUCAAUAAGGUUGUAAGAGGUCUUGUUAUAACUCCAAAAGCCUUAACAAAUUUUUGGUAAUAUCCGGUUAAUCCAAGGAAACCCUGAAGUUCUUUCACUGAUUUUGGAGUUGGCCACUUCUCCAUAGCUAUUGUCUUUGUCUUAUGUGUAGCCACUCCAUUCUCAGUGAUAUGUUGUAUUUUUGACAUAUUAUAUAUUUGUUUUCUAAAUUGUUUGAGAGUCUCUAUCGAGUCUUUUUAAUUCUUUUGAAUCAAUUCAGGUCUGGAAUAGGUAUUGACACUCUUGGUGAGACACAUGAGGAAAAGAAUCAGAAUUGGAGUUUUUUCCUGCGGAACAGCCGGAUCGAGCAGCCUGGUGGGUGAUCCUAUGCGGAGCAACCGUACUGCCGCUCACAAUAUUUGAGGAAACUGCUAAGAUAUUUUUGGGAUUUUCCCUACUUGCCCUAUCUCUUUACCGUGGCCGAUGGCGCCUCCAUAUAUACUCUCAAUCUAUAUCUCUGUACUUUUUACGCUUUAUUUUGCAAGAGAAAAAAAACUCUAAAUUUUCAUCUUUGUGAUUUGCUACUUGACACCUUGUAAGGGAGAAGGACAUCUUUCUCUUGAUUAAAGAAGAACCAUCCUGAACCUUAACUCUAUUAUAUUUUGCAAUUGUAUUCAUGUAUUAUUCGGAAUUGAUCUCUGUGUUUUCUUUUGUCAUGCAUGACUGAGUAGUAAGCUUGCUUAGUCUAGGGUGCUAGGGUUUUACAUACGUGAGCUAAACAUAAAUAAGUUAUAAUCGGAUUUUCUUCAUUCAUUGUUGCGAUUAAGGCUUGCAUUAAUCUGAUCACUUAGUGCAUGAACCUAGGUUAACUUAUUCAUCAAAACUGUAGUAGAUUGCUAGGCAUAGCUUGAAUGAGCAUUGCAUCCCUAACCAGCGAGAGUAUAUGUUAGGGUGUGUUGUGAACAUAUCAGACAUGAUCCUUAAUGUUUGUUAUCACAUCUCAAUCCAAGCGAGAGCUUAGGUAUUGGGAUCGAUCUACAAAAGGUAAAGCUCCACGAGAGUGGGCUGAUCUACCUAUAGUGUUCCGAAUUUUAGAAAUGUUUUAAAUUGAACUUGAAUUGUUUGGCUCACAAGUGUUUCACCUGAUGAAGUGACCCUAGGCUAGCAUUAUAAUCAUCUGAAAACCUAAACCAAUAUGUUACUUGUUCUUUACACAAUUUUUAGUUUUAAAAUCACCAUAUUGUUUUAGUUUGAUAUUGAUCCUAUAGAAGUAAAUUGUAAACUAAUCAACUGGAAUUGAAUCUGAAUUAUUACAAAUACUACUGUUAACUUGACAGUAGCAAAGAUCCAAUUUUAUUGUAUCACUCAGAUAUAUUAUGACCCAAAUAUUCAUCUUGCAAUUGUCCAAAAGAACACUUAUUUCUAUUGGCAAAGAGUUGAUGUGCAUGCAAGAUAAGCAAUACAUCUCUCAAAUGUUGAAGGUGUUGCUCUACAAUUUUACUAUAGACAAGGAUAUUAUCAAAAAUACAAGCACAAACUUCCUGAGCAACGGUCGAAAGAUCUUAAGUCCAAACUCCAAAAGGCAUGACUAAGUAUUCAAAAUGACCAUCAUGUGUUCGGAAUGCAAUCUUAUCCACAGCCUUCUCCUCCAUUCUUAUUUGAUGGUACCAUAAUCGCAAACUAAUUUUGAAUAAACAACUUCCCCAUGUAGUUCAUUCAGAAGCGGCUCAAUAUACGAAAUAGGGAAUUUUUCUGCAAUUGUUGCCUUAUUCAAGCUCUGUAGCCACACAAAACCUUGAAGAACCAUUUUUCUUCUUUACCAAAAGCACUGAACUCGAAUAAGGACUUAUGCCUGCUUGAAUUGUUCCAGUUUAUAACAUCUGAGUCACCAUCGUCUCCAUUACUACCUUUUGUUUAUGUGGGUAUCGAUAUGGUCUAACACUGAAUGGAUUAGUACCAUGCUUAAGGUUAAUUGCAUAUUUUUUUCCAUGAACUAAAAGUAGUUGUGUUGGUAUCUCAGCGACAUUCUGAAAUUCAUCCAACACUUCUCUCAACUCAGCAGGAAUCUCCGACAAGUUUUCACGUUGUUUCUCCUGCGUCGCUUCCUCCAUUUGUAACGACUUCAAAGAUAGCUUUGUGUUAUGCAGCGUAGAAUAUCCAUAAAGCGUUACAACCUUUCUUUUAUACUAAAAUGUCAGCUCAUUUAUAUUCCAGUCCACUUGACAUUUAUCCAGUGUCUUCAACCACUGAAAUCCAAGGAUAAUAUCCGCUGAACCCAAAUCCAAAGAGAUAAAUCUGUUUCAAACUCUAUUCAUGUCACUUUGAACUUCACUCUCUGACAUACACCAAAACCCUGAACUGUUACACUAGUAUCAACAUUAAUCUUCAAUCCUUUAUGUUGUUAAGUUUGUAUAUGUCUUCUUGCUAUCAAGGAAGGUGUGAUAAAGUUAUGUGUAGCUCCGUCAUCAAGCAUGGCUACCACUUGUACUUUUUCCACAAAUACAUUGAAAGAUAACCCCAUACAUUGAAUGAUGGAAGAUGGAAGACCAGCAAAUACAUUGAAACAUAACCCCAUACAUUCAGUCACCAUCCUUAUUCCUCUUCAAUCAUAUCAAUGAACUCAUCUUCAUUUAUUUGUACUUCACAUUCGUCUAUCAUUGUCAACACUUGUAACUCUUUGUUAGCACAAACAUGGCCAGAGAAGUGUUUUUCAUCAGACUUAUAACAUUGGCCAUCUCUCUUUCUCCGAGCAUAAUCCGAAACAGUGCUCUUCUAUCUUCUCCAUUAAACCAACUCAACACAUCACCUUCGAGACUUAGAGAUAUCAUCUCAAGUUUCUGAUUUUCUGGAUAUUGCCCCAUUCGGAAACAAAAUGUCCAUACGAGUUAUCCAGUUGUGGAGAUGUUUUGUACAAAACACUGGUAUAUCAAAUUUCCUAACCAGAUUAUCUCUACUAGGCAUCAACGUAUUUAUUUCUCGAUGAUCUAACAGAGAUUCACUACGGCCAGGUUCCAAAGUUGAAACUUGUACUUGAACCGGUUUUUUCUAAUGUAUUCCGAUAGGGCGUUGCUAUAUCAUCCUCCGGUGGGAAUCAAUUGUUUAAUAUCUCCACAACCGAGGAAAUCCUCUUAUUCAUUGACGCCAUCGUUUCAUUUGAUUCCGCUGUGCAUCUGAUCUCCAAUUGACUAACGCUUCCACCAAAUUUGGCAGCUGAUCAAGACGCGCAGCAUUCAACUAUCCGAUCCCGUGCUCUGACGAUCCCAUUCUUCUCACUUUCGCGUUCUUCGAUUGAUCCAAUCGCUUAAAUGGCACCAUUUUUUUAUGAAUAAACUUCAAUUCAUUCAAUAACAAGCCACAAUACAAUGUAUUGGUGAUUCUUUUCUCAAGAAUCACUCAAUCGCAAUAUAAAGUAUCAAUCAGCUCAAGAUAAUACAUCAAUAAUUUGCUUACUCUCUCUCUCUUCUCUUAUUUAUACUGCAAAGACAAUGUAACUGCAAACCCUCCAAAUGAAACAGAGUUUUAACUUCUUUUUUAUUAUUUCCUUUUCCUUUUAUUCCAACGUUCUUCUUUCCUUUCCUCACGAAUACUUGCCAUGGUAUAGCAAACCCAGAUAAUGUGGAGACUUUUAUUCCUUGUUCUGAUGCUUCAUAAUAUUAGUCAAAGACCAAACUUUUGUGAAAUCCAUCAUCUUUUUCUAGAAAAGAUUCUAAGUGGACAAGUUUUCCGCAUUUUUCUAUUUAGCCUCUCAGGUUGUGGAAGGGGUCCUCUUUGUCCUAUUUUUUCAUGAACAAUUUGGUCGACGUUUAUUACUGUUGAUUAAGCAGAUGCUUCUUAUUUCUUUGUCUUGUGAGCGUGCCUGACUAGUUAUCGGGCAUGACUAGAAAUCAUGUGCGCCUGGUUCGCAUCCUGCGGCUCACGUUUUUAUAUGUAUUCCAAUAUGAUAAUUGUUGACGAUAACACUAGGAAGACUUAAAUUUACCUAUUACGAAAUCUGCAAAGUGUCAUGUAGACUGAUUUUCAGCGCACAUGACCAAAUCCAUUUCGAGUAUCUCGAAUAUUAUGUGAUCAUUCAGUAUUAUUCUUCUUAUCCUUACCAUAUUGUUGAAAAAGAAAGAAGUAAAUGUUAUGGCAUCUACUUGACGAGACAAGAACAACAUUUUUGGCAUGGAAUCAAAGAUAUUUGACCAUUCUUUAUUAACGUGACAUUACUGGUGAAAUCUUUGGAAAAUGACAUUAAGAUCUUCCUACCGCUUAGUUUUCUUUUUGAAAACAAUGUUACAACACCAGUGGGUUUAAAGAAGCUCAAGUACGAUUAUGUUUGGAGUUUGGCUCUUUGUGAUCAAGAAAGGUUGGAAACAUAUCAAAGUCGUAGAUAUCUUCUUUCCCUUGACAUUUUUUAGUACAGAUAUGUUUGUCAACAUUCCAAGAAUAAUUUGACUCGAAGAAAAAAAUCAACACUAAGCAUGUAUCUAACUCGGCAUAUCCAAAACAGUUAAUGUAAAAGCGGUUAAAGAUUAGUUUUUGUUUGAUUUUUCACGUGAUAAUAGUAGCAAGCAUUCUCUAUAUAUACCUAAUGAUCGUGCUGUGGCUACACAUCUCACCAAACUAUCUUCUUCGUGGUUCUUUAUCAUCUUCUCCACACAUUUCUUUGCCUUUUGUUCAAAAACGACUAGUCUUAGAAAACAUAAAUUAGUAAUGGACGGUAAAGGAAAAGCGGGAUCAUCAUCAUCAUCUUCUUCUUCCUUCACUGCUCAGCUCUUUGGCCUCAAGGAACCUUCUUGCUCCUCCAGCUUCAAAUCCAUUUUCCCUCCUCCCUCCAAGGGGACAUCAGAAAACAUCCUAAGCUCCAAAAAUGGGCCAAUAGACUAUCGUAAGGAAUCUGCAACCUGCAAUCUAAGUUCAUCUCUUUACUACGGUGGUCAAGACAUUUACUCUGGAUCCACAAGCAACCAUACUUACUCUACCGUUAACAGGGCUCAGUCUAGAGGAGACGAUGACGCUAGUGGAAACAACUCGAUGGACGCAUCCAGAGGAAACUGGUGGAAAGGUUCUCUUUAUUAUUAGAAGAUCAGCUAGAAACAGAACGUUUUCCUUCAUAUCGUCCUUUGCUUGACUUGUUGAAAAAACUGUAUCAUUCAAUGAUGCUUUGUUACUUGUUAGUCCCUCUGUCUAAUGUUAAAUCAAAGAUAAGAUUUUUGUACUUCAAAAAGUUCAAAGUAUUGUGAAGUGGCAGUUAAAUCUGAAAAAAAUGAACGAGAAACACAGAGGAUUAUCUCUGGCCGCAAAAUGAUGGAAUGUGAAACUUAAACCUACCUUUAAAGAUAGGAAAUAUUGUAGAUAUCUAAAAGUGGUAAAUAAGUAAAAGCCUGAAGAACAAGUAAGAUAUAAAAAACAUAACAAGUACAAAAGGAACAAUAGCCGCAACUGCAUCAAAGCUUCCCUUUAAUAAGAAAUUAAGAACAAAGCAGUAUUAUUGAUACGAAGUGUACGUAUAGCUCAGAGGUAUCUCUCCUUCAAAGCUAACUCCCGAAUCUCACAACUGAGAAACUAGCCCAAUGCCAAAAACUAACUCUCAAAUGUACUAUUGGACCUCUUUAUAUACCAGAGCUCAAAACAAUAUCAAUAUUCUUUUAUGCACGUUGUAAAGUAAACAUAUUUAUAAUCUUCCUCUCUUGUCUUCUCUUGUUCCUCUGUUCCUCUUCCCAUCUUCCGUCUCCUUGAAUAUAUUUUCAACAGCAUAUUAAUACCCCUAUUGUCAAGACUCAACUUACCUUUUUCGCAUCUCUUUUCUGUCUUUUUGUUUUUUUCGUGUUUAUGUAGUUACACAGAGAAUCCGAAUCCUCAAAGAAAGCUACGUUUUCUUCCAGUAUAAAAUUUGACAGUGCGUAUUUUGAUUCUCACAGUUUGGUGCUAGAAAGAGAUGAUGGUGGAUUCUCUUACCCAAAAUCACAUCACACUAAAUCGAAAAGAUAUUGGAUGUCGCUAUCGAGACCGUGAUACUACUCGCAUAAAAGGAAAAUGAUAAGAUCUAUCUAACCCCGCAAAAAUUGUCUUGUUACCGAGCUAGAGAGAUCAUGACGCAAGAAGUAACUCAACCAAAACCGUUUUGCGUAAAAGUUUUUGGAAAAAUAAACUGUAUAUUACUCGCGGAAAAGGAAGCACAUCAAAUCGGGUACACAUCCUUCACUCUUGUAAUUCCUCCGAAAAACAUUUGGAAAAACAAAGUUGAUUUCUCUGGAAUUUCUCAAAACCCAAAACCAUUGACGAAGACUAAACAAAGAAAGACGGGAGAUCGAAUCCCUCACUGCUAAAACGUCUUCUGGAACAUAAGAUUUCGAAAAAAUUCAGGCGUCGCUUCUGUAGCAACAUAUUCUGCGAAAUCUUGAUAUUUUUCUAUUAAGCUUACUUCGGAAAAAGUACUCAUAAUUCCCUCGGGUCAAUCCCACAAUAACGAGAAAAUUUCUGAUUAAGUUUGAUCACGAUAAUAAAACCCAUCGCAGCUUGAGUUUCCGAUAUAAAACUCGGAAACUAAAUUUGCAGAAUAGCCACAAAGUGUGAGUUUUCCAAAUAUAUUUCAUACAGCCAAACUCGAUAACGACUUACAGAAAAACAUUUGUAAAAUUACGCUCGAAAACAUUAUAUGGAAAAACUUUCGUAAAAUUAAGCUCGAUAACAUUUUACAAAACAACUUUCGUAUAGUUAAACUCGACAAAAUUUUACGAUACAGCUUUCAAAGAAUUGGACUCGAUAACAUUUUACAAAACAGCUUUCGUAAAAUUAAAUUUGACAAUAUCUUACAAACAAAAAUUGAAGACAUUUACAAAACGACACUCGUAAAUGAAAUGCCAAAAAAUAAUUCGACAACCUUCGUAAAAUCAAACAAGAUUGUACGAAACAAUCAACGUAGAAUGAAAGAGACGGAUCAGGAGCUGAGUGGUGAACAUCACCCACCAGCCUCUCUCCACACGUAAAUCUUACGAGCUGGAGGGCUAACUGUUGGGAUCAAAAUAGGUCAUGGAAAAGUCAUCGGCUAAAAUCCUUAGAGAAAUUCUUCCUGAAGAAAAUAUGAGCCGGAAAUGUCAAAGAAAACUAUACCGUAUAAACCAAAACCCUAUUUGCAUAAGCAUACAAGAACAAACUUCCUAUAUUUCAUCCCGAACCAGGAAUAAAAGAAUUUCUGUCCAAACAUGAGAUGCUCAUAAAAAAUAUUCUUUCAAAAAUUUGGAAAGUUUCCGCGGAAAACUUGCUUAAAACAAACGAAACAGUUCUGAAAAUAUAUGAAGCAGUCAAUGGAGAAGAGAAAUGAACAUGAGAAAGGCUUCAUCACUUAUGGGACCCACCUCCUUCCUCCUCUCUCUUCCUUAUCGCCCACCAAGCAUUCCUUACCGCCCUCUAAGCAUUCCUCACCGCCCUCCAAGCUUCUCUCUCUUCUUCAACGCCCACCAAGAAUUCAUCUUGACCCUACAAGCACCCUCUCUCCUCUCUCUUCAUUUGUGAUCGCCCAUGAAGCACUCUCUUCAUUUGUCAAUGCCCAUGAAGACUCCUCAUUUCCGUGUCCAUUGUUCGUCAUGUUUUCAAUUGAAUCUCUUUCGAAAUGUUUUUUUUUCGUUGCAAUCGGAGAUUCCGUUGAGAUUUUACAGAAAAAAACAAGCAAGACUUUGUUUUCUUGUAAAAGCUUAAGUCAAACAUCAAGUUGGGGAUGGUUAACUUAACACCAUCGUAUUUUCAAUUAAAUGAAUUUAUUUUUAUCAUUUCAUAAGACCAAGGAUAUAAAAAACGUAAACCGGACAAAUCAGUGAUUUCUCAAAAAAGUCGUAAAAAUGCGUAAAUCGUAAAACUGUCCAAAACGAUCUAAAACACAAUGAAAGACUACUUACUACUUGAAAUGAGAACCAGUCCAGAUUGCAAUGUCGGUUUACUUGGCUUGGAGAAGAAUAAGGAAAAGGAAAGAUAAAUGGAACAUUUCCGAUGAUAGACUCAAAUCUCGAGCAUAUAAGGAAAAAUCUUCGAAGAGGAUAUAACCAAAUAUCAACAGAUAAGGAAAGGUGGUAGACUCUAGAGGCAUAUAUAAGCAUAUCCGGGGCACAGAAGAAAAUAAGAAGAUUUUAGGCACUUAGUGCAUAUAGAAACCUUAGGCAUUAUUUUCGACAUGCUUUUUUUUAUAUGGCUUGGACUCUAUUUCUAGACGAUCGUCGUGAAAGCAGUUCGAUCUCUUGUUCAAAUCUUUUUAAAUUGAACUAUGUUAGGCUUGAUCCUCGAAAGGUGUACGUAUGCUGCCUAUCAUAAGGUCCAGUCCAAAAUCAGUGAAAAUCUUUUCACAUCUCUUUUCGUUUUUUCUUGUUUAUGUGGUUACGCAUAGAAUCCGGACCCUCAACAAAGGCUAUGCUUUAUUCCAUUAUGAAUUUUGAUAGUGCGAAUUUCGGUUUCCACAAUAGUCUUCAAAAUAUUUUUAUCAGUUCAGUCACAACAAUUUGUCAUUGAAUCAUUGAGUCAGCAGUCAUUUCUUUUCUUUCUUGUUUUUUUUUUUGUAAAUAAAUCAGUGGUAUCAAAACUAUGUUCAAAACAAAACUUGGAUUAUUAAAAAAAAACUUUUAGAUUACACAUAUAUAUUGUAUUGAGCUACUAGACUAUUCCAAAAAGACGAUAUGUAUUAUUUUUUUAUUUCUUUUGCACCAGAUGACUAUGAAAUGAAAGUUAUUUAGGUAACUAGAAUUUUCGUGUUUCGACUGAACUGGAAAAAUAAUAAUUCCAUCUUUAACCCUAUGGAGCGUUAUUGGAUAGUCUGAGAGGUGUGUAGUCGGUUAUGGCAUGCACGCUUCUGUAAUAAUUACAAUAUGUUUGAAUUUCAAAUAUUCUCAAGUUUUUUUACCUUUUAUGCAAAAAACCACUCAACUUGAAUGAAUCUUAUUGAUUAAGUAAGAAGACCAUUCAGUUUCCCAAAACCUCUAAUUGUUUUCAAAAUGGUAUCAUCCCAGAUCGCCGACUAUCCUGAAGAAGACGAUGGAGAUGGAGGGCUUCCUAUUCCAAAGAUGAUGUUUGCCGCCGGAGAAGAAUUGGGGUUGGGGUUUCUUACAUAUUUUAAACUCUCUCGAGGACGACGAAAUCCAUACAUUACGCAAGUGACCAUUCAGUAAGAUAGUUGAUAUCACUGAGAAAACUGCUUUCCGGAAGAUUUUCCAGAUACAUCCUAUCUAGGCAAUUAUAAGUGAAGAAAAAAACACGAAGCUUGGUUCCGGUUUACUGAAAAACCAAUCAGGUUAUCUUUUCGCGAGUUCACCAUUGUCACAAGCCUUAAUUGCGGUGAAUUUCCUAAUAGAUCUAAGUUGAAGUCAAAGAAGAAUAUUAACUAGAAGCCUAUUGGCCUUGGCUAUUCGGUAAAGUCGAGGAUCUUCACAUUUCAACAUCAUUGAAAAUGCUCAGAAGAAAAACGUUUACGGAGAAAGAUGUCAGGAUUAACCUGGCAUGUUUUGCGAUUGUGUCUUCCGUUCUACUUGAGAUGAAGAUGAUUAAGAACAUGCAGAGGCUAUGGGAGAUCUCGAGGAAUUCUUUUCUUUUCCGUGGGGCCGACAGGGGUUUGAAAUGCUUAUGUGUAGUACAAAGCAGAAGGAUGAUGUCUCGUUAUCACAGAAUACAAUAGCAGUGAAAGGAUUUGCUCUGGCCCUGCAACUGGUUAUGGUAGAGGCUGUUCCAUCACUAACUGAAGUGGUCUUGCAAACUUUCUCAUCUUCUGAAUCGGACAGCUGCGAUGAGGAUGAUGAUUUUCUGCAUAAGAAGAUGAAAAAGCAGACAUUGAGCCAUGGCCAUGCGCGGGAAGUAGACCAAAAAACAGAGGUUUUUGAUCUUUCCCCCACCUUUCAAUUCCUCUAUAGUUCAUGGCCUCAGGGUCUAUUUCUGUACUAAUGUCUAAUGUUGGUAAUACAGUGGUUGUAAGUUAUAGUUAGAAGCAUAAUACCUGAAGAUCCGGACCGUCCCAUUGAAGCUGGAACUCUUGUAUGGGCUGACGAGGUCGUCGAUGUUGAAGUCGAUAAUCUUGUUAAGCUAAUAACUCAGAACCAUUCUUUCAAUUCCGAGAUGUUUAAAGGUGGAGCCACUUGGUAUCACUCAAAUUUCCCUAAGGAGUUAUUUACUCUCUAAAAUAAGAGGUUCAAUUGCAGUACUUAGGGAUCGAAUCCACAAGGAGCUAGGGCACAAAAUAGAUCUAAACAAUUUACGAUUAAGCUAGGUAAAUAAUAAAUUGCAGGGUGAAAAAUGUAGUUGUUCGGUUGGUUUGUUUGAGGUUUGUAAACAAUAUGAGAAAGCGUUAGACUUAAGGUUUCUAUUCAAGUAAUCAUGAUUAUAAUAGUAUAUAAGCUAUGGUUGUAUAUUGGAUAUUCUAGAACUCAAACUAAACAAUAUUCUAUCAAUUUUUGUUUGUGUAGAAUAUAUAUUGUUUGGAUCUCAGAUAUCAACUGUCGUUUGUUGAUCUUGAAAAAGUGUUGAUCGAUACUAUCGAUGGAUAGUUGAUCGAUACACCUUUCAGAACGUCGACCUGUACACCUAUAGGGUUGUCGAUCGAUGUUCCUUCAUGCAAGCUUUACCGAGCAUGUUUGAAUUAUGUUCACUAGGUUUCCUAGAUCAACUUUCGUUUGUUUCUAGAAAUCCUAGCACAAUAUGAAUCAUUUCAGGUAAAUGACCAGGCUUCCGCUUGCGCCUAAUUAUCCUAAUAUCAAGGUUCUAGUUAGCUACUCUAGAACACAAGUAAUAAGAUCACCUCAAUUGAUGGAUGUCACUAACAACUCAGCAAGUCUAUAUUUGGGACUAAUCCUUCAUAAUCCUAUUUGAACCUUGAACCUAACAAGGUGAACUACUCAGACAUAGCAAAGCAAUUCAUAAUAAGAUGUAAAUAAAACUGCAUAAAUAGAUUAUAGUAAGAAAACUGAAGUUUCAAUACAAAGCUCUCAAGGAUUCUUGGAUCUUCUCUCCAAAUCUACUAAAAUCUUUAGAGGUUGUUUGUUGUGUAAAACUAGAAAGUGGGAAAGCUUGUGUUGCCUAGAACAAUGGAAGAGCACAUAAAUAUUAGGUUAAAAGUCAGCAAGGGGUAUUUCUGUAAUUGUGCGGUGACUUGGGAUUUAACUAGGCUGAAAACCUAGCCAGGUCCUGCGCGCUUCACUGUCAAUCAAUGGCACAGUGCAUGCAUCGAUCGAUGUUUGACUCUGAAUGUCGACCUUCAGGCUGGUUUGAUGGUAAGCCACAUGAUUCUCCCAUUUUAUCUCCAAAAUGCACCGAAAUCAUCACUUUUCUCCAAAUCACUCAUGAACCUGAAAAUGUGCUAAAAACUCCAAUAUCUAAUAUAUAGUUUUAAAACACCUAUAUACCAUGGCUAAAAGUGAGUAAAAUCCAUAGUAUAU